UGAAUGUUCUAUAAUCUUUUUAGUUGGGGGUUUUAGUGAAUCUAAGUAUCUUCAAGCAAAGAUUAAGCAGAAAUUUGGUGAUAUUUAUAAAAUUGCAAUACCGCCAAAUCCAGUAGCCGCAGUAGUUCGUGGAGCAGUUCAAUAUGGAUUAGAUAUGGAUGCUAUCAAAACACGUGUAUUAAAAUGGACUUAUGGUGUACAAAUUUAUCCCGAAUUUCAAGAGGGUGUUGAUCCUCCGUCACGUAAAACCUCCGAUGGACAUAUUUAUAAAUUUAGCAUGCUUGCAAAGAGAGGUAUUGAAGUUGGGGUAGAUCAAGAAUUUUCUGACAAAUUUAUUCCAUAUAAACCAAAUCAGAGAAGCGCAAACAUUAAAUUUUUUUAUUCACCGAAAUAUUCCGUGGAAUAUUGUGAUGAACCUGAAGUAAAAUUAUUAGGUGAAUUUAAUAUUGAACUACCUGAUACUCAUUUAGGGCAAGAUAGGCAUGUAUCUGUUAAUUUAUGUUUUGGAAAAAUGGAAAUGGUUGCAACU